AUGCCUCUCUUCAGCAAAAAGAAGGAUGACGACCAAAAUGGCCGAGAACACCGCGAGUCCACCGAAGAGUCGGAGCAGGCACCACCCGACGAGCAUACUCGCCUGCUUCCCAACCGCGUCGACUCAAGUAGAGACUCGAACCGAGUCCUCCUGACACCAGACGAUCCCGCAGUAUCGCCAUAUAACCUGUGGAGCAUCCGAAUCCUGCGAUAUCUGACGUUGCUCUUCACGGCCGUCACCUUCGUCUGGUGGGUUCUCUUGUUGGUGUCUUCCUUUGCAACACCGCCAGGAUUUCACACACGGGGCAGUGGAUUUCUUGCGUUUGGAUUUACGACUUUGACAAUGGCAAACAUGGCUUUUCUUCUCAUCUUCUUUGGCGUGCCGAGCAAGGCGGUUCGGAUUCUGGCGUUUGUAAUGGCUGUGAUUUUUGGUACUUCUCGAUAUGAUUAUCCUUCUUGCGGUUCCCAGCAGACACGAUAUGAGGAAGGAUGGGUUGGUAUUGUGAGCGUUAUAUGGGCCCUGCACAUGAGUCUCUGGACACUCCUUACAGACCGAAUGGUGAAAUGGGGCAAAGAAGAGGAGGAGGAGAGGUUAACGGGUCGUGCUGAGACGAGAAGAACAUUGACGGAAUGGACAGCAGUCAUGGUCUCAACUGUCGCCUUUGUCGUCAUGCUUGUUGCCGUCGUUCUAAUCACACUUACCAUUAUUCUUCGAUCACUGGAUGCUGGAUUUUCUGCCCCAGGACAAAUGUAUGGCGUUGAUGGGGACAAGUACCGCAUCCACGUAUACUGUCAUGGAAACAAGACGAAUGCGCAAGGGGAAGAAAUUCCUACUGUGCUCUUCGAGGGAGGAGAGCGACCUGUUGAAGAAGGACUAUGGCCAUUCGCAAACAAUGCUAUAAGAAACGGCUCUAUUUCACGAUACUGCUUCGCCGACCGCCCUGGCAUAGCAUGGUCAGACACUGCACCAUCUCCUCUAUCAUCUGGUUUCGCAGUCGAUGUGCUCAGUGAAGCUCUCGCCAAGGCCGGUGAGCAAGGACCUUGGAUACUCGCCAGCGCUGGUAUUGGCUCCCUCUACUCGCGCGUAUUCUCUUCACGUCACGGCCACGAUGUGAAGGGGCUCUUGCUCAUUGAUCCUCUUCACGAGGACCUCCUCGGACCGAUGGCGUCACCUGGCCGCGGAUUCUUACUCUGGCUCCGUGGUAUCAUAUCUCCCCUUGGACUCGACCGCCUCCCAGGUGCGAUCUUCAAAGGUCGUACUUCUCAGGAUCGCGUGUAUGGCAGAUCCUCGCAACAGGGCGGAAAGUUCAUCUUUGCCAAGCUCCAGGAAAGCCUAGUAUUGGAUUCUUUCACGAAGCGAGAUGUCAAGAGUAGCCGCCAGAUUCAAGAAAAGGACACGCCUUUGGUGGUUAUUAGUUCCGGCAUACAAGUGAAGCGGAGUAAGGACUGGGAGCGAAAACAGAGGGACCUGACGAGCUUGACGGAUAAUUUGAAGGAGUGGGAUAUUGUGAAUGGCGCGGGGCAUGAAGUCUGGGGUACUUUGGAGGGAAGGGAAAUGAUUGAGAAGAGGUUGAAGCAGCUCGUAAGAGGAGAUUGA